AUGUCCGACCCGCGAGCUAAGGGAGGCAAAGGCGGCGCUGCCAACGCCAAGAACGAGCCCAAGAAGCAGACCACCCAGUCUGCUCGUGCAGGUCUUCAGUUCCCUGUCGGACGUAUCCACCGUCACUUGAAGAGCCGCACUCAGAACCAUGUCCGCAUCGGUGCCAAGGCCGCCGUCUACACAUCGGCCAUCUUGGAGUACCUCACCGCCGAGGUGCUUGAGUUGGCGGGCAAUGCCUCCAAGGAUAUGCGUUUGAAGCGCAUCACACCACGACACUUGCAGCUUGCGAUUCGAGGCGACGAAGAGCUCGACAGCAUGGUUCGCGCCACCAUCGCCGGAGGUGGUGUGCUUCCACACAUCCACAAGACGCUCAUCAAGGCGCCAAGCAAGAAGAAGGCCUUGGAAUAA